CAAGAUGAUGCUGAGAAGUGAAGCGGGAGAUUGAGUCACUCAGCCUGAACAUUAGGGUCCUCUAUUCACGGCUCUGGUGACAAACGGGCAGAAUAUUUCCUAGCGACGUUCUCCGCUCCCAGCCUCCAGUCCCCAGAAAGACUCGCUUCUCUUUUUUGACCUUUUCUAACGUGGAAUGCCUAUGGAGCUUGCCUCGCCUACUUUCCCUGCCUUGGGAUACCUGAGCCAGGGACCCUUAGGGAUCCUCACCUUGUUCCUCUGCCCCUGUGAGCUUUCAGCACCGGGUGGACUAGGUUUUCGCUGCGUGGGGUUCUCCAGCCCGGGAACUUCCACGCUCCUGGAAACCACUGCUCGCUCAAUUCGCUGCACGCCGGGCUUAGCGCAUGCAAUACUAUUUUAUCAAACCCAAACGUGGAAUAUACGAGCUUGCUUACCUUUGCGCGCGCCUCAUUGACCAUUAGCUGCCCCAGAGCGGUGGAGAUAACCAAGCCGCAACUCGGAAAGUUGAAGAGACACUUUGCCUUCUGCACUCCAACCUUUGAGGCACCUCAUCCAGCCAGCUGCGCGGGAACCUGCGCAGCCAAGCCGGGACCGGACCCGACCCGACAGGGGGCGACAAACUCUUCCCGGUCAGACGAAUUUCUCCCAAUCGGAUGAAGUUCACCUUGGGCCUGGGGUCGCGGGCCUGGAGAGUGUCCUGGGAGCGGGCGGCGGCGGCUGCGGCAGCGGCGGGCCCUGGGGCUGGCGGCGCGCUGGGCAGCGGCUCACUGCGCGUCUCCAGCCGCCGCGGCCCUCGGCUCGCGCGCGCCCUCCCUCUAUGCCUCUCCGGCGGUGGCGGCGCCCGAGCUCUCCCGGACUGUGCCGGGCCCAGCCCCCGCCGCUCCGGCGCCAGGCAGCUGGCCGGCCCGCGCGCGAUGGAGCAGACGUACGGCGAAGUGAAUCAGCUUGGUGGCGUGUUUGUCAACGGCCGUCCCCUGCCCAAUGCUAUCCGCCUGCGCAUCGUGGAGCUAGCACAGCUGGGUAUCCGACCCUGUGACAUCAGUAGGCAACUGCGAGUCUCUCAUGGCUGCGUGAGCAAAAUCCUGGCGCGCUACAACGAGACCGGCUCCAUCCUGCCCGGGGCCAUUGGGGGCAGCAAACCUCGAGUCACCACCCCCAACGUAGUGAAGCAUAUCCGGGACUACAAGCAGGGAGAUCCUGGCAUCUUUGCCUGGGAGAUCCGUGACCGGCUACUGGCUGACGGCGUCUGUGACAAGUACAACGUGCCCUCUGUGAGUUCCAUCAGUCGCAUCCUGCGAAAUAAGAUUGGCAGCCUGGCGCAGCCAGGGCCAUACGAAGCAAGUAAGCAGCCGCCGCCGCAGCCUGCGCUGCCCUACAACCAUAUCUACCAGUACCCCUACCCCAGCCCAGUGUCACCCACGGGCACUAAAAUGGGCAGUCAUCCCGGGGUCCCCGGCUCGGCGGGCCACGUCAGUAUCCCGCGAUCAUGGCCCUCCGCACAUUCAGUCAGCAACAUCCUGGGCAUCCGGACGUUUAUGGAGCAAACAGGGGCCCUGGCGGGGAGCGAAGGCGCUGCCUACUCCCCCAAGAUGGAAGACUGGGCUGGUGUGAACCGAACCGCCUUCCCCACCUCGCCAGCAGUGAAUGGACUCGAGAAACCUGCCUUGGAGGCAGACAUUAAAUAUACUCAGUCGGCUUCCAGCCUCUCCGCAGUGGGCGGCUUCCUGCCUGCCUGCGCCUACCCGGCUUCCAACCAGCAUGGAGUAUACAGUGCUCCAGCAGCCGGCUACCUAUCCCCAGGCCCGCCCUGGCCACCAGCCCAGGCACCCCCGCUGGCGCCCCACGGAGCUGGUGUGGCCGUGCACGGCGGGGAGCUUGCAGCGGCAAUGACCUUCAAACACCCCAGCCGAGAAGGGACCGACAGAAAGCCCCCCAGCCCGGGAGGCAAGGCCACGGACGCACUGGGUAGCUUACACGGACUGCCCAUCCCGGCCUCGACUUCCUAG